UGACCCACUAUGGAUCUCCGAGCUACUCCACCCCCCGUGCGCUCUGGGGAAUGGAUCGGCCCAGGGCGAGGAUCCUUUAUUGCUCUCCUCAACGCCUGACAUGAAGAAACUGCCCGGGGGCAGCCUCCAGCUGACCAACCCCCAGCCCUCCCAGACAGGCCUCUAUCACUGCCAGGACAACAACAGUGCCUUCGUGGUGGAGUAUGAGGUUGAUUUCCAAGAUGUCACCGCUCUGCAUAUUACCCACAGAGACCUGGGCCAAAAGCCCCUGGAGAAUGGGACCCUGAGUCUGGGUGGCAAGGAGCUCAUCUUCACCCACUGGGAGCCCUGGCAGGACUGUAACCGCUGUGGGGGACCAGGUGAGCGCAAACGCCUGGGGUACUGCUACAUAGAGGAGCCUCUGGAAGCACCCAUGCCCUGCUGGCUCUAUCUGGGGGCAGAGAAGGUGCAGUACAGCCGCAUGCGGCCUGAGCUGCAGGUGGAAGCCUGCCUCACACCCUGCGACCACAUCAAGGAAAUCAACCAGCCAUACUUCGUCUUCGACAUUCCCCAGCUGGGCAAGUUGACCAACACCAUGUGGCUCACCUGCCCCUUGGCCUCCAUCUACAGGUGACUGGACCAGGGCAUCAGCCCUACCUUUGACCCUCCCCCAGGCUUUGUUUCCUGUGCCCUCCUGGGCCACGGGGUUACAUUCCAAUAGAGAAGCAGGGUCUAUCUCCCUGCCCAUAAGCCUUCAAGGUCAGUCUGUGCAGGAAGGGGUUUCUUC